ACCUAACUCAAAUUCAACUUGUGCAUGCUUUUCUAUCAGUGUGGCAUCUUCUGUGACUGGAAUUCCUUCGAAGAGCCUUAAUUGAGAAUGGGAUUGGGAAGAGUUGAUUUGCUCUGUAUCCAGCACGUGUGCAUCUCAAUGUCACCAGGUCAGGUGACGGACAUAUGACGUGCGUUGGUGAUUGAUACCCAAUUUGACUCACGAAAGAAACGUACGGCUUCUCUACCAUGUUCUCUGUUCCUUCUCCAGACAAAAGGUCACAGGACAGUCCUGAGGUUACUGCUCCAAGUGCUGAAUGGUCUGUGGAAAUCAAAUUAACACAUGUUGACUGCAACCCCGCAGACAUUUUAGUGCACUUCCAGGGUCAGUAUGUGUCAACUUGUGAGUUAGACUACAACAUACUGAGAGUAGAGAUUCAGAAUGCAGAGAAAGUCAGGGGGCCUGUGGAUGUGGGAAGACUUUGUUUGGUGGAGGAUGACCUUACUGGUCGUUGGUACAGAGGAAGAGUUCAAAACAAGCAAAAAGAUCUCUUUGAUGUUUUUCUCAUUGAUCAUGGAAAUGUUCUGUCAAUAAGUGACAACCAUUUGGCCUGUGCCUCAGAGGAGUUACUCAUGCUUCCCCCUAAGAUUGUCUGUGGGUUUUUUGCCAAUGUGUUACCAGUGGGUGAAUGUUGGACACCACAGACCGGAAAGUAUUUCUCCUCAUUGAUGGGCAGUUUCAUAAAUGGUUACAUCCAUGCCCUACUGCCGCACAAGGUCCUCAUACUCGAAUCACCUACUAUCACUAAUGAUUUAUCCAAACUUAACUUCGGGAGAUCUGUUGAUACAGGCACUUUUCUGUUGUUUGUGGAAAUGCUGACUGAAGUUCCAAUUAGACCAGACUGUGAACAAAUCCCUGAUCUGUUGAUCAAGAAUCAAAUAGGACAAGGACUAUCUUUCAAACCUCCAUGUGUUCAGGGUGUUGAGAACAUUCUCUCAUGUUGUGGUCCCAAGCAGACAGUUGGAGAAAUGGUAAAGGUGCGACUAAGUGCAGCAGUUAACCCUAGUGCAUUUUACUGCCAGAUGAUCUGUGUGGAAGAAGAACUGAAGUUAAUGUCUGAGAAAUUGGCACUCUUGUGUGACUCAAAGACUGAAAACAUCAGGGAUGCACCAGAGGGAAACCUAGGUCUGCUCUGUGCUGUUAAAGGCAAAGAUGAAAAAUGGCACAGAGGCUAUGUGCAAUUUCUGCCAGUAAAUUCACAAGUUAGAGUUCUGUUUGUUGACUAUGGAUACUGUGAGUUGAUUAAGGUCAAAAAUAUCUGUCCACUUCCUUCUGAUUUCCUGAUGAAACCAAUCUUGGCUUUCCCAUGUGCAUUGUCCAGUGUCACUCAGGAAAAUGAGGAUUUGAAGAAAGAACAGCGUGAUUUGCUCAUGAAGGGACUUCUUGGCAGUGCUUUGAGUGUCAAAAUCAAUGACUUUGACAAGGAACACAAUUUCUAUCAUGUGACACUGUGCAGUGUUGAAGUUGACCCAGAGGUCAAAACAGAGGUAACGCCUGACAUUGUUGCACAGACAAGUAAAGUGCAUGAUCACAACAUGACCAUUCCUUUACGGUGCACAAAUGAGACACGGAUCAUACCAAGCAAUAUCCCAAAGGAAGACUUUGAAGUAGGUGCAGUGUUUGAAGGUUAUGUGGAACAUGUUCUCAGCCCUGGCAACUUCUGGAUAAGAACUGCAAAGCGAAAUCAAGACUUUGAACACUUGAUGAACACAUUGGCUGAUUACAUUAGUACAUUACAACAGGAAGAGGACCUUCUUGAAAAUCCAGUGCCUGGCACACUUUGCUUAGCAAUGUAUGAGAAGGAUCUACACUAUUAUCGUGCCAUAGUCACUGACAUUCUGGAAAAUGGAGCUGAAGUAUUUUUUGCAGACUUUGGCAAUACUGAAAAGGUGCCAAGUUGGCUUAUUAAAAAACUGCCUGAGAGUUUCACCACUGAACCGGAAUUUGUUUUGAGCUGUGCUUUGGCUCAUGUCCUUCCAGUGGAAGAUGUUUGGACUGAAACUGCAACAAAAUACUUCAGGCGUACAGUGUCAAACAAAGCCCUUGAAAUACACAUCAUCCACAAAACAAAUGAUCGAUAUCUUGUGGACCUGCAUGAGAUCGGCACACUUAACAAAGAGAGCCUGGGACUCCGCAUGACAAACGAAAAUAUAGCACUGUAUUGGAAAUACACACCAACAACUGUGUACUCUGUUUCUGUGGGAGAAGAUUCGAAAAAGUGUAAGACAAAAGCCCUGAAGCCAAAAGCUUUGAAUAAAAAAAUCAAAGAAAGAACACAGGAAAAAGUCACAGAGAAAGAAUGCACAAUUAAGGAAAAGGCAGAGAAUCAAAAGCCUGGCAUACCAAACAAAUUGAAGAUGCAGAGAUUCAAGCCUGGAGAGGAAUUAACUGUGCGGUGCUGUAACCUUGCUUCCCCUUCAGAUUUUUGGUGCCAGCGUGAGAGCCAGAUUAGCAAUUUGACCAAACUGAUGGAAGAGAUGCAGGUGUUUUACCAGACACAUGAGAUGCCGUUGAUGCCAGGUGAAGUCCUUUGUGCAGUGAAGCUAGUAGAGGAUGGCAAGUGGUACAGGGGCUGCCUCCUUUCAAGAAAACUGAUUCAGUGUCAAGUGGCCUUGGUGGAUUAUGGCCUUGUCAUACAAGAGCAGAUGACUAACCUUCAGACACUUCCUCCAGAAUUCAAUCAGUUGGAAGGGCAGUCAUUCAGAUGCAGCCUGUACAAUUUGAUUGAACCUACGGAUGGAAAAUCCUGGAGCAAUGAAGCAAGUCAUUCACUUAAAGAGUUUGUUUUUGAGAAGUCUGUGAGUUUGAAGUGUACCAUUCAUGCUGAGCUAUAUGUGAAGAAUAUAGGCUUGUGCAAUGUUGUUGACCUUCACACAACUUCAGAACAAGCAACGACAUUCCUUGUGAAGCAAGGGCUUGCAGUGAAGGUCCAGCCACUGAAACCUCUUAUCCCAACAGCUUACCCAGUUUCCUUUAUGUACUCUUCCUUCGGCCUCACACCUGGAAGCAAAGAGAAAAUUUAUGUCACUCAUGUGGCAAGUCCAUGGGAGAUAUAUUGCCAACUGUGCAGAAAUGAGGAGGCUAUCGAAAAACUCAUGGAAACCAUUGCAAAAGAGAGUGGUGAAACACUGUGUUCGAAGUCCGCUGUCAAACCAGGAAGCCUUUGUCUUGCAAAAUACUCUGAGGAUGGGAAAUGGUACCGAGGGAUCAGUAAGCCUGUCCUGUCUAAUGAACUUCUGAAUGUGUUUUUUGUUGAUUAUGGAAACAAGCAAAUAGUUGAGAAAAGCAAUGUUAAGCCUCUAGAGCACAGCACAACAGAUUUGUUGAUGGCUCCUAUGCAAGCCUUGAAGUGUAGCCUUGCAAAUAAUCCCAAAGGUGAAACCCUGGCAGAGGUGAAUACCUGGCUAGAGAACAUAAGUUUAAAUAAGCCAGUUCAAGCUACAUUCAUGGCCAAAGACAAAGAUGGAACGUUCAGUGUUGACAUGUUCGAUGGUGACACCCACAUCAAUGAAAAAAUCAGAGAGGUCAUUUCUGCCCAUGAAGUAAGAGAGAAGGGUUCUGCUACUGAUAAUGCAAAUACUGAAAGAGUGCCACCUCAGAACCAGAGAACUGUCAGAGCAGUACAUGAUCCUGGACACAACAAAAGGUCGCCAGACAAGCCAGAGCUCAAAAAGGUCUUUAAUAGGGAUCAUAAGUCCUUCAAACACCCAGAAAGUAGAAGUCCAACAACCCCCAGAAAACAGCCAGAAAAUAAAACAACUGGAAGUAAAAAACGGGACUGUGAACAGCUCCUCCAAAGUCAAGACUGUGACUUGGCGCUUCCAAAACUUGACUCUCUCCCUGAAAUCAAAGUGAAGUCUGGUUUUAUGGGUGUUGGGUUUGCUUCCCAUGUAAAUUCAAUCAACAGUUUCUUUAUCCAAAUGCAAGAGGAUGAAGCAAACAUACUUAAAAUGGGCGAGGAUCUCAAUUGCUCAUCAUUUAAAGAGAAGGCUCAAAAUGUCAAAUCAGAACUACACAAUGGUGAUCUUAUUGCUGCUGAAUUUGAAGAAGAUGGUGCUCUUUACCGUGCAGUUGUUACUGAUGCCUCGAAGAGACAUUUUUCCAUUGAGUUCAUUGACUAUGGAAAUGUAGCUACUGUUGAUCAGAGCAAAGUUUAUAGACUAACCAGUGAGUUUUUGUCUCAGCCCAGACUAUGCAUACCAUGCUCUCUUGUUAAGACACAUUCACUUGUGAAUCAUCCCUCCUUUGAAGCUGUGCUAAAAGACAAACCUUUUGAGGUGGAAUUUAUCAGACUGACUGGGACACAUUGGGAAGUUAAAAUGGAUCUGAAAGAAUUCAAGCAAUCGGAGCAUGAUACUGAAAUGGGAAAAGAAGUGACCCAAGCCUCAAAUGAAAGCUCCAGUUCUUGCCAGUCUGAAAGUGGAAAUAAGCAUGAGACAGAAUUCAGAGAACCCAAUGAAAGUAUGGUGGUCCAAGAAAAGAGUCAGUUGAACCGGCAACCCAUUUCAGGACGGACCAGACGCAGGAGAACCACCUAUGUCAAACGACAUGGAUAUGUUUUGAUGCAAAGAAAAACAAAGAAACAACACCAGAAAUUACCAAGCAAUGUGUACACCAAUCCCACUGCAUUGCAAGUUAAUCCUCCUGAUUUGGUGACCUCAAUGAGUCUUGGGACACAUUUGCCUGAGAGAGCCCCCUCUGUCUUGGAUAUUGUUCCCAAUAAGAAAGGGCCAUUUUCUAUCUCCCCUGCAAAGAACAGAGAAAUCCCACAGCUGAUUGCUAGAGAGGGACAGACUGAGGAAGGAAAUCUUCUGACAGUUUUAGAGAAUGGAGAGCUUUACAUCCAACUUAAGAGUAGUGUUGCACAACUUGUUGCCCUUGAAAAUCUAAUUGAUGAAAGUGAGCCAGAAUGCCACUUUGUCCCAGUGAAAGACGUGGCAGAAGGUCUAAAGUGUUUGACUAAAUCAGUCAAUGAUCAGUGGCGCCGAGCAGUUGUGCGUCAUGUUUGGAUUGAACAGAAAAAAUGUACAGUUCAGUUCCUCGAUUAUGGUAGCACAGAGGAGAUAUCAGUGGGAUGUCUCAAACAUCUUCGUGAUGAUGUCAGUCAGAUGCCAGAACAAGCAAUUUAUUGUAAAUGGAAUGGAUGUGGUGCACCCAUCACAAUGUUAAAAGAAAUUCUCAGCCCUUUAGUUGGUCAAACUAUCAAAUUGAUGUUUGUAUCCUACUCAGAAGCCCUUGAGCUUUGGAGUGUUGAGAUCUUCAUGAAUGAGCUUCUCAUUCAGCAAAAAAGAACACAGUAUUAUGAUCAUGGCGAAGAGCAAAGGUCACAUGACUCCUCAUCUCAUAAACAUCUUGCACAGACAAAAGAAUCUGCAACUGAACAAGAAAAUCAGCCCCGAGAACUGUUCAUGGAUCCUGUUACAAUAGGGCAAGAGUACUCAGGUUUUGUGGCUGCUGUAACCAACCCAGGAGAAUUUUACAUUGCUCUUGAGGAUCAAGACCACAAUGUGAUUACAACUGCUGUGUCAGACGCAUUAGAGAGCUUACCAGAUCUUCUAAGCACACUACCCGAUGCACACCUUAUUCCUGGAGCUGCCUGCCUGAUCAGGCAUAAAGAUACAAAGAAAUGGUGCCGGGCAGAGAUACUUCAUGUUGACGGUGCAUCCGUGGUGAUGAAUCUUGUAGAUUAUGGAGUUUGUACACAUAUUCUACAAGAGCACAGAGGCAAACUGAAAAUUCUGCCUGCUGAAUUGGCCAGGCUGCCAAAAGUAAUCUAUCCAUGUUUACUGCGAGGAAUAAAGCCAGCCGAUGAUGGACAGUGGUCAGAUUGUGCUGUUAUCUUUUUCCAAGAAUUCAUAUGUCAUAGAAAUCUUAAGAUUUUCUUCAGACAGUGUAUCUCAGAGAUGCAGUGGGAAGUAGAUAUUCUGAUGGAUGGAGUCUGUCUUGCCAAAGCACUUGUUGAUGCUGACCAUGCCUUGUACAUUGACCUUAUGCUUGGACUUAGAUUUGAACAAGAGCACUCUCAGAAUCUCAGAAGUUCUCCUGAAAGACAAGUCACAAGCCAUUUGGCUGACACUCCUGACUCAAAAAAUCUGGGUACCAACGAUGAGCUUACAGUAGAGAUACCUGAAUUGACGCCCGAGGGAGCAGACCUGUUAGCUGAUCAGAAAGAGAUGGAGGGGAAUGCACUUGCUCUCUGGAGAUCUGAAAAAAAUGGAAGCAUCUCCAACAGUACGAAGGAAUCCACUGAAACAAACACUGGUGUCAAACAAUGUAUUCUGCAAUGAAGAACGUCCAUGUGAAGGUACCAUGGGUUUCAGACACAUAAACAACAACACAAAAGUCGCCAAUAUAGAUCUGAUAUACUAUUGCUUUAAUCAUUCUUAGGCAUAUGUCACUAAUGAUUAACAAUAAUUUUAGUUAACUUAAAUGGUAGUCAUCUGAGAUGAAUCAUUUUGCAGAGCAAUACAAUUUAGACUUGUGUAUUAUAAAUGAUACAAUACUUUGACAAAGGUGUAUAUCUUGAAAACACUUUGCUUUUAUAGACCGUUUGCUUUUAUUUCACCAUGUUGAGUCCUACUGUUAGUAUUUUUUUAUGAUGAGACCAGCAAAUUAAGAUCACCCCUUUUCCAUAUUUCAUGUGCAUUGUCCUCUGGUUCAAGUUUUUUUUAAUAUAUAAUUUUUUUUUUUUUUUUUUUUAAAAGCACAACUAAUUUUGUUACUGAAAUGUGCCAUUUUUGUUGGAAUGUAAUAAUUGAAGUUUAUCUUGAGCUUGUUCAGUUUAAAACAUUUACUUAUUCCUGAAAUAUA